AUUGUUUUUCAGCAUUGUUCAACAUCAUAUGCAUCACAAUCGACUUCGAGGCUAUAGGCCAGCAAGACAUGUAUCGAUGCAUGAGCAGAAACAAAUAAUAAAGUUUGGGGUUAUUUUGUGCCCCUUAUGAGGCCUUGUUGGUGGUAGACAUUCAUCGGAUGUCAUAUGUCACUUCUAAUCUGUUUCCUCGAAGGUUUGCUUUUCGUUUUACGUGCGCAAUUGUAUUUUGUGAACAUUUUGGUUACAGGCUGACUCGAAGUGGCAAAAGUAUUCGUAAAAAUGAAGCAAAGAACAGCGUUCAAGUAAUUUUGAGCGCGUAUAAUGUCUGACGGGUUUUACAAUAGAUUAACACUGAGCGACGAGGAUAACAGACUAUUGCUUCACAAUGGCGCUGAGAGUCGCUCACAUCGAUAUGGUUGUCAGUAUUCUACACCAGCAAACGCACAAGAAAUCACCGGCGCAAGUUCCGUACAGUAUAGACUUGAUAAUCGAGUUGAUAGGACGGAAAUAAAUCCGCAUUUAAAGCAUAGGACACAGAGACGGAGUACAGCAUCUCAAUCAGCGAAUUGUCGAAGUCGUCAAAGAGCAAAUGAUCAACAUAUAUCUUUUAUACAAAGGGAAAAAAAUUUGCGUGAGUAUGAUAUUCGAUCUAAAGGAAAUUAUGAAAUUGAAGAAAGGCGAACUCCAGUAAUGUCAAAUGUUAGAGAUUUCGAGAGUGGGACAAUUUUAGAUCGUGGACGCAUGCCUGAAAUUCCACGUGAAACCCCAGCUAACAAUGAACAAGCUGUAGUUGUGGGGACUGAAAACUCUAAAUCUUUACCUGGAAGAAUCAAGGCUUAUGGUAGUUCAGAUAGGAAUUCUGCAAAUGUGGAUUCAUCGUUAGUGACAUACAAUCGGGAUAUUGGUUCGUAUGUCAGCUACACACAGCCGUCAAGCCAACAGGCUCAACUAUGUCCACACGUCAAAGGUCAGAAGCAAGAUAGUUUACGAGAAGACAACAACAACAUAUCCUGUGUUUCGUAUAGCGGUCAUGAUGACAAGAUUUAUAAUAAAAACUCUGGCAAACUUCAUCUUUUCAGGAGUUGUAACGACAGAUAUACUUAUCGUCCCGGCGAAUUAGAUCGGCAGUACAGAAAUGAUGAGCCCCCGUCAAAUUAUUACUACGGAAUUCAAACAGACAACAUCAACAUGAUACGAGGGAAAAAUAGUUAUAGAGAAAAAAUUGCUCGUCCAAUUCCUGGUGCUUAUGCGAAAAAUGAAAAACACAGCCUGUCUAAAAGUUUGCCAAGAAACUCGCGUUAUACUUCAGCCUGUGAACGCAACGUGAAUAGUUCCGAUUCGGAAUCUGGACCGAGCUCAAGUGAGCGGGAAUAUUGGCCCAAUAACUAUUGCUACGAAAAGCGUAAGAAACGAGUGAGAAAGAAAGUAAAUUAUCGUCCAAAACAUUAUUUUGCGGAUAGUGAUCCUAGCGAACAUUCGGAUCCUGGUCGUAGACGUAUUGAAGAAUAUCCCGGCCGUAUUUGUUCGUCAACCGACUGUGAUUAUGAACAACAUAGGUCACGCUCGUCUAUUUACGGUCUGAACAAUAAAAAAAACAUUUCUCGAAGUCUUACUUCUGUUAGCUCGCUCGACGAUGAAGUAGCUGGAUUUCGUACAGGAUUCACGUUCAAUCGUAUCUCACCGCGAGGCAAAGGCAAAGCACGUAUUUCUAAAGUAAACAUCAAGUCAUUUUCUACUGUACAUCUUAACCCUUCACAACGAGCAACUAGUUCAACUGGUGAUAUAGCAUCUCAGGAUAUUGCGCACUCGCAUCCCUAUGCUGUGGAGAACAAUUUCAUAAAAACAUCUGGGCAAGCAUCGUCUAAGGACAAAUCACCUGUCGUAUUAACUGCAGAGCUCAGUGACAACUCUUGUACAUCACCGUCUUUGAAAAAAAGUCCAUUUAAUUCGCACAUACGUGGAAGAAGGUCGUCCGUAAGCGGUGGUGAGACACCGCGUAGCACUCCUGUACCAAGAAUAUGCAGUCCAGAAAUUGUUGGAAAUGAAUUUCAGGCUCCAGCCUCAAGUAGUUUUAAGACAAUCCAUGCACCUAGUUCCGAAGGUUCUACGAUUUUUUUUGCUGGUGAUUCUGAGCGAAAUGGUGCUAUUGAUGUUGAUGAAGGUGCCAAAGUUUUGAAAAAUUUAAUUGACAAUUUAGAGAAAGAUGUAGAAGUGGGAAAUCCAAUUGAAACUGAAAGUCCUGAAUUGUUUCCUUUGCAAGCACCUCAACAAAGUAGCCCCGAUGAUGUUGUCCCUACUGAAGAUCUUGUGAUAUCUCCAACUGUUAGUGAAGAUUUCUUUUCACCUUCCAAUAAUGGGUCAUUUUUAACUACUGGAGAAAAGAACAAGGUGUCAUCCUUUGCUUUUGGUAAAGAUGUCCCUUAUUCAAUCCCGAAACCCUUUGUUACACUUGUUAACAUACAAGAGGAAGAUGAACCUCUUCACUCUGAUAGUAGCGGCAGUAAUGCUCGUGGAGGUAAAGAGUCACUUACUAAAAUAAUGAUUUCAAGUGAAGGACAAGGUGAUACCAAUGAUACCGAAACUGAUGGUGUGAAAUCUCCUUUGCGACGACCAUCUUAUGUAAAAGCGCAAAUUUCAAAUCAGUUAUCACCAAAACCAGAGAUAGAUAUGAACAAAGUGGAAAGUGUACAAACUGAUUUAGGUAUUGUUGAAACAAAUGGUGGAAACAAAUGUACAAACCGUGAUCGAGAUAUGAGAAGAGAAGAUGGGAAUAAAGACAAUAAUUAUAAAAGAUCCAAAAAAAUGGAACGACCACGUAUACCUACAAUUCUUAACCUUGAACAGGCUUUGGAUGAGUUGUUCAAUGAUGUGAAAAACCAACAAGCAAAAGGAAACGAGGAAACGAAGAGAACAGUCGCUCGACAAGAAAGUGCUCCACAACUUUCCAACAGAUCCAGUAACUUUGAAGGAAACCAAGAGCCACGCAAGCGCAGUAGCUCUAUCGAAGAUCCAAGUACUUCAGUAAAACUUAUCGAUUCUGAAGCGGAUUCGACUUAUAUGCAGUUAGCUGAUGGUAAAGUGGAACGCAGACAUGACAAAAUGGAGCAAAGUGAUUUUGAUAAAUCGCAAGAUCUACUUAAUGAACUUGCUUUGGAGUUAAGCGAAGCGCCUUCCAGUCAAGAGAGGCCUGCAUUGUCACGAAAUGUUGACGGUAAAAGUGCGGAAUCUACCAGUGAUGCUGUAAUGUCGCCAAGUCUCAGCCAAAUCAGCAUUAAUAGUGAAAAAUCUACAUCGGGUAGUGAUGUCAUUGACAAGAAUAUCAGUGUCUCCCCCCUGUCGGAUAUAUACUUAAGUCGUUAUCAUAGUGACCCAACGCCACGUGUAAAGCAAGACUAUACUACUAUUCAAGAACCAAUUGCUGAGUACGAUAUUAAAGCUCGUAACAGCAACAGUGAGCCCGCUAUCAAUGGUAAGCUCCUGGCGCAGGCAGCGGAUCUUGCCAAAUCUAAAGUUGCAGAACGUGAAGAAAACGGCGCCGAUCAUAAAACCAAUCUCGAUCAUUCCACAUCAAGUACUGCCGACUUGACGGGUAAUGUGCCAUCUCAGCAAAAAUUAAGGCGACGAGAAAGCGAAAAGGCUCGUCGUAGACAGGCUGCUAAAGUUGCUGCUCAGAUUGAAGCUAACGCGAGUGAUACGAAGAAAGCUGAUGGUGACGCAGACGGUGACUCAGGUGGGAAGAGUCAUGAGCAAAAAAUCACAGAUCACCAUCCAUGUGAUCUCCCUAGUGGAAAGAAAAAGAAAGCCACGAAAAGUGAAAUGCGUUGGCAUGUUAUUCAAAACUUGAUCGAAACUGAACAAUCCUACGUGCAAAGUCUACAGUAUAUGGUGAAGGAAUACAUGAAUCCCUUACGGAAGAGCGAAGGUGUUAUUGAAACAACAUUGGUAAACGAGAUAUUUUAUCAGAUUCCAGAAAUUUUGAAAUACCACGAAGGUUUUCUCAAGCAUUUGGCGUUACGUGUUCAGGAUUGGAGCGAUAAUUCAAAACUUGGUGAUAUCUUUAUAUCAUCGUUUACAAAGUGCUCGCUGGUCGAUGCAUACAGUCAAUUCAUCAAUAAUUUCCUGCGAGCUCGAACAGCUAUUCGCUCUGCUGCGAUGGCAAAACCUGGUUUUUUAAAAUUUUGUGAGCAACGAUCUCGUGAACAUAAAGAAAAACUUACAUUACAAGAUUUGAUGAUCAUGCCAGUUCAACGAAUACCCAGAUACGUUCUUAUCAUCACUGAUUUAUUAAAAUACACGCCUGCUGAUCAUCCUGAUCACGGUAAUCUUCUUUCCGCUCUUGGCGAAAUCAAAACGCUGGCUGAACGGAUGAACAAAGGCGAACAAGAGAUCGAUCAGGCUGAAAAAGAAGCCGAAAGAUUGCGAGAUCUCGAAGCAUCUAUUGAAGGAAUAGUUGGUCUCGUCUCACCUCGAAGGAAAUAUAAGAGACAGGAUCUAGUCGCAGAAACGAAAGGACUGAUGUCAAAGAAAGAUCGCUGUCUAUUUCUCUUUUCUGAUUUAUUGGUUUGUGCGACAGUAAAACGAAAGCAGACUUCACUUCGUAGAGGAUCGUUGUUUUCUGGUCAAUCUGCUGCAGAAAUGAACAAAUACCGGUUACUUUGGCAGUUUCCACUCGAAGAUGUCGAGUUGGUUACAAGUGAAGACGAUUUAAACAAUACAUUAAAGACGUCAGAUCAAACUCGUGAAAAGCUGGAGGAAGACCUCAAUACAGUUAGCACUAUCAGUAAACUGACUGAGUCCAUUUCAAUUAAGCAUCAGCUUCUUGAUGAUGCAAUACGUGAACUGGCAUCAGAACUAAACCGUCGCCUUGUCGAUCUUCAUUCACAGCGGUCCACAAAUCCAUUCAUUUUGGAAGAAAACACCGUUUCACUCAACAUUGCUUCAAGGGACUCCGUCGAGAAGUAUUUGUUUGUGUUUCUCAGUAAAGAAAUCAAAUCAUCUUGGGAGGCUUACUUUCUUGAUGCAAAACAACAACUUGCGUACGCCAAAGAUUCAUCGCCUAACUUUCAAAACGCCAUAGCGAUCAACAAGUCGAGGAGUGGUUUACAGUUUACUUAUGCGUCACCAACUAUCGCUGCCCGUCUUACGAAACGUGGAACACAGUGCGGCUCUGGAGACUUAUGGGUUGCUAGCAGUGAUGGAUGCGUUGGUCAAGUAACCAUACUAUCUCCUCCUAGAGAAUUUGAGCAAGGAUCUACUUAUUCACCAUGUCAAGCACGGAUUUUAUCCAUCGCGCCCGUACCUGGAUGGAAAUUAGCUGGAAUAAACACGACUAAUGUUGAUUACGAAUUUAAAGAUCCCGUUGAAGGCAACGACUCAACGUUGCGUAGCAAAUCAUCUGGGUAUCAUUCAGAGGAAAAUAUUUCAAACAAUCAGCGAGUUGUGUCAUCUUCAAACAGCAAGGCGAGCAGAGAGGAGAUAAUUGCGUUUGAUAGUAGCACUGACGAUGAGGACAUGGGAGAUGAUUCAUACACGGCCUCACCCUCCCCUCCCUCGUUUGAUGGUCGUUUAAGUCCUGAAGGAAGUAGUCUUGGAACGGCAGGUAGUUUAGAUGGUGAUCUUAGCAGUGAUGGUCGUGAUGAUUCGGAUUAUCAUGAACCUCCUUCAUCAGACGAUGAAAGUAAAACAAUAAGAAAUAAACAUAAAAAUAACAUACAGGAAGAAAAUGUUGAAGGGGGAAAUGCUAAUCAACAACCAACGCUAUGGAUGGGAGCGGAGGAUGGAUAUAUCUACAUUUUCCCGGUCACCAGCGCUAUCAAACAACGACGAAAUAAAACAAAAAUUCAAAAAGGUUCACCCGUCCAGAGUAUUUUGUGUUUGGAGAAUCAAGUGUUUGUAGGCUUAGCAAAUGGCGACCUUUGCGUUUACAAGCGCUCUCCGAAUUAUGUUUGGGAAAUCAACACUCCUCGAAACAUAACAAUAUCAAGCAACAACCGCAUCACAUGUAUGACUGCGGUCUCAGGUCGACUUUGGGUUGGUUGUAGUAAUCAAGUUGUAAUUGUGAACACGACAACACUCGGAAUUGAGAAGCGAUUUAGUGCUUAUGAGGACAGCAGUCGGCCUGUACAUGCCAUGGCCAGCUCAGGAAUGGGUGUAUGGGUCUCAAUACAGAGUUUAUCUGUUGUGCGUUUGUAUCAUGCGAGCAGUUGUGAGCAUUUGGCUGACGUCGAUACCAAAGAUGCAGUUCAAAAGAUGCUUGCAGGUUCUGACGCAAUAAUUAAGCAACACAAAGCAGCAUGUUUGCGCGUAACUGCUUUACUUACGUGCAAAGACUUACUUUGGAUUGGUACGAGCGCCGGUGUCGUAUUAACAUUACCUUUACCGAUUAUUGCUCCUAAUGUGACUUGUAUACAGCCCAGCCUAGAGGUAACCGCUUCACCUCAAGGACACACUGGACACGUGAGGUUUUUAACCGCUGUAGAAAUGGGCAAACUUGAGGAAAAGGAGGAGAUAACAAGUUCUCAAACUGCUAAUCGAUCACCUCGUCGCUCUCAUUUAAACGUGGAGAAAUCUAGUCAUUCUUUUCCCAAUGAAGGUGUGUAUGUUAUCAGUGGUGGCGACGGAUAUGAAGAUUUUAAAUCUACUACAAAUGAGUGUGCUGGGCGGGAAGACAGCACCAAUCAUUUGCUUAUUUGGAAAGUCUAGUGUUUGUUUGUGUGUAUGUGGUACAGCUGUCAGUUCGGGAAGGUUCUAAAAGAGCAAAGUAAUGAAGACAGUACUAGAAAUCAAGGAGGCGUUUGUUAACAUUUGUGCAACGACUAUCUAGCGUGGAUGUUCUUACGGAUAAAGACAAGUAACGACGAUGUCAUUAAAAGUUUAUAAACAAUGUCAAUUAAUAGGCUUAAUAAAUAGAAUUGGAUAAAUGAAGAUAAAUGUAUUUAGCUCAUGUUUUAAAUGGCUGUUGUAGAUCAGCAACCAAGAUUGUCAAGUUAGGCUUAAUAAAACAGAAUUAGACUAAUGGACAGAAAUGUAUCUAGAUCAUCUCUAUGCUGGCUGUUGUAGAUCAACAACCAAUAAACUAGUAACGAUGUUAUCUCAAUUUUUAACAUUAAUUAUUGUGCAUAAGUUCGCGAUGUUAUUACGUGUUUGGCACGUAAUUUUUAUUCUUGUAAAAUAUACAUUUUAAAAAUCACUUUUAGUUCGCACAAAUUUAUAUAAAAUGUGCCUUUUGUAAGUUUGUAUGUUCAGUGUUGUCUACACUGAUAAAUGAUUUUAAGGUAGCAUUUAGGACAUCUUGAUAGGUACAACGCACACUUAUGGUAAAACCUAGCGUCAAUUGUAACAUAGAGGUUUUGGAAUGGCAUAGUGGCUGCUCGCAUUACUUAUAUAUUAAGAAAGAUGUAUUUAUUUUUAGUUUGAAUAUACCAAUUUAGCUUUUAAA